UCAAGGUGAAUUAGAGUUGACAUUAAAAAGUAACAUUAGCCCGCUUCUUAAACUUUCAACUACAAUGACUUUAUUUUACGAUAACAACAAAACCGCCCAAGAUCCGAUAGUUACUACAGCCGACUUAUUUACCUCUGGCACACCCGUGGUUACGUAUGAGAUGAAAGAUCAAUCAAACAUAACUUCUGGAAUGAAAAGGACAUUGUUUAUCACAAUUUUACUCAUUAAAAUGAGCUCACCAAUAAAAGUAGAGCUCGUGACUUCUGUAGCCAACCGUCUUCCAGUGAUGCAUAUCCUGUCUUUUGAUGUUGUACACGUAGGAAAAAACAUCAAAGGACUGAACAAUUCUGCAACUGCGACCUUUUUUACCACAACAAACGAUACAUCAUCAAGAGAUCAAGCUGCUCUCAAUUUGGGAAUUGGAGUAAACGAGUCUCCCUCAACAGCCAAUUCAACGCAUAACCAAAUCCAGCUUAGUUGUGAAGUAAUUGCGGUUGAAAACAGAAAUAUGACAAAUAGUUCUUCAUAUUCAAUCGCAUCAGGUCUCAUUGCUGAACCAAGAUUGAUGUGGGUUGGCCGGUUUUUAAUAAACUCUUACAUAUCAAGUGACAGGCGUCCAAAGUUGUUUCUUAAGUAUGAUUUUACAGAGAAUGGAGAUACAUAUACGUUCAAUGUGUUUAUCAAUCAUACUGAACAUUCCGAUCAGGUUGCGUAUAAUGUUACAUUGGAAUAUUACCUUCCACCAUACUUGGAGUUUGUAAACUGGACUGGUGAUAAUUCUGUGCAGAAACAAGCAAAAGACACACGUUUUCUGGUAAAGAAACUUUUUUUCACCUCGGAGAUUUCAAACUCAAUUACCGCAAUAUUGAGAAAGAAGAAAUCUCCUCAAACUGGCGAGGUGGAUUUUGUCGUGCCUAUUCGAUUGCAAUAUACUGAUGUUGAAAACACGAAAAAAUGGCGGUACUGGAAAUCUGUGAAGCUUUCAGUUGAAGUACCGGAAAGUCCACCGAUCAUUGGAAGAUCAGUAAAAGCAAAACCUAGUAAGAUUGUUCACUCACUUCUACUUCUUUUUUAUCAUCGUAGACCUUAUUUACAUGCCCACAACCCUUUUCAGAAAUGAUUGUGGGGACGAGGGCUUGUUUGAAGUCGUCUUUAUA